CCGCGCGCGGGUCCUCGCACCCGAAGGAGGCAGCGAUGGCGGCAGAGGCUUCGAGGGCUACUUUCGCCCUGUCGCCCUCCCGGCAAACUGUGAAGAAGAGGCGGUCCUGGGGUGCUGCCGACAUCCAGUGCACACGGUGUGGAAGAAGGGUGUCCAGAGCUUCCGAUCACCACCGUGAACUUCAGUGUGGACAUGUUUUUUGUGAACUGUGCUUGUCAAUAACUGAAGAAUACAGCACAAUUAUGUGCCCUGAUUGUGAGAUUACUACAACUGUAAAUACAAGACCAGAAUACUACCCAGUAGAUGGAUGUAUUAAGGAAGAUUCUUUUAUGGAAAAACUACAACCUGAAACGAUAAAGAAUUGUACUCAGGACUUUAAAAAGACCACUGAUCAACUAAUUAUUGGUUUAGAACAUUCACCCUCCAUGUGCAAGACUGUUCUGAACUCAUCAGCCAUAAUGUCGGAGACUAAAACUGCAGAAGAAAUUGAUGAAGCACUGAAGAUAGCAGGCUAUAAUUGUGAACAAUUAAGUAGUGCUGUGAAAAUGCUUGAACACAUACAGAAUAAAACAAAAGCGGAAACAAACAGUCUUAUACAGGUUGUGGGGAGACAGUUUGAUCAGCUUUCUGCUUCUCUUGAUUCCAGGAAAAAGAACCUGUGUGAAGAACUUGUAAGAAAUACAGAUGAUUAUUUAUCGAACUUAGUAACAGCUAAAAGCUACAUUGAAGAAAAAAAAAAAGAUUUGGAUGCAGCUAUGAAAAUAGCACAAGAGUUAAAAUCAGCACCUUCUCUGAGGACCUAUUGUGAUCUGAAUAAGAUCAUUCGGACUUUGAAGUUAACAUUUGAGAAUGAGUUGUCACAAGUUAGUUCUCUGAAACUAAGGAACCCUCCCAGGUUGAAUGUGGAUUGCAGUAAGAUCAUCUGUAUGUUCAACAAUAUGGGAAAAUUUGAAUUUGAUGACUCAGCAAAAUGUUCUCCUCAAGAUACUGAAAUUGGACAGAAUGUUCAAAAGAAAUGUGAUAAUAAAAAGGAGCUAUCUUGUCAUGAUACAUACCCAUCACUAGAAAAGAAAAAGGUUGGUAUACCUGUUCGAACCAAUGAAGCACCACCACUGCCUUCGCAACCAGAAACAAGUGAUGUACAUUUAGAAGCAAAAAAGAUCCAGUCACAGAAGGAGAUUGUUUCAACGUGCUCCAAAACUAUUGCUGUGCUACCGCAAAUGGGAUCUAGCCCUGAUGUAAUAAUUGAAGAAAUUAUUGAAGAAAACCCAGAAAUUGGAGCAUGCUUCUCAGAUUCUCUUGUGGAGACACCUAGAUACCCAAAAACACCUCUCCAGGAAAAACCAUCUGUUUCUUUUGGAUCAAAAGCAGGUUCUCCAGAGCUAGUUUUUGUAAGCCAUGUAAUAAAUCCUUGCCACUUCUACAUCCAGAAGUAUUCACAAAUGAAAGAUGUAACAAUGUUGGAGAAGAAGGUGAAUCAAUUUUGCAAUAAGAGUUUACACCUCAAUCCUUCAGACACUUUGGAGUUAGGUUCAAAAAUAUUUGUCAGCAGUAUUGAAAAUGGAAUGUGGUGUCGAGGAACUAUCACUGAAUUAAUUCCAAUAGAAAGUAAAAAUAUCAGGAAGUCUUGUAGACCAACCAAAUUCUCAGUUCAUGAAGUUGCACUAAUAAAAAUAUUCAUGGUAGAUUUUGGAAAUUCUGAAGUCCUAGUUGUUACAGGAGUUGGUGAUAACCUUGUGAGACCAAAGCACAUUGCUGAGCAGCAUACUACAGUAAAUGACUUAUGCCUGGUUCUAAGGAAAUCUGAACCUUAUUUUGAAGGAGUGCUGAGCAACAUCCCACCAUUAGCACAGCUAUGCUCAUUGAAAGACAUUGUUCCAGAGAAUUCAUAUGAAGGCUGGAAAGAAGAAGCUAAAGUGGAAUUUUUGAAAAUGGUAAAUAACAAGGCUGUCUUAAUGAAAGUUUUUAGAGAAGAGGAUGGUGUGCUUAUUGUAGAUCUACAGAAACCACCAGCAAAUAAAAUAAGUAGUGAUAUGCCUGUGUCUCUUCGAGAUGCAUUAGUUUUUAUGGAACUAGCAAGGUUUAGGUCACAGUCACGAAAAAGUCAAUCUGAAAAAAAUACAACUUUACACUUUCAUCCACCUAUAUUGCCUAAAGAAAUGACAGAUGUGUCAGUUAUGGUUUGUCAUGUAAAUAGUCCUACUGAUUUUUAUCUUCAGUGGAUAGAAAGCUUGGAUUUUUUAUUUCUGUUAAAGACAAUUGAGGAAUUCUAUAAAAAUGAAGAUGGAGAAAAUCUGGAAAUCCUCUGUCCAGUUCAAGAUCAAGCCUGUGUGGCUAAAUUUGAAGAUGGAGUUUGGUACCGAGCAAAAGUCACAGGAUUGCCUGGACAUCGGGGAGUUGUAGUUAAAUAUGUGGAUUUCGGUAAUACUGCAAAAAUAACACUUAAAGAGAUGCGUAAAAUAAAGGAUGAGUUUCUGAAUCCCCCAGAGAAGGCAAUUAAAUGUAAGCUGGCCUAUAUUGAACCAUGUAAAAGGACAAUGAAGUGGUCCAAAAAAGCUAAAGAAAAAUUUGAAGAAAUGACUCAAGAUAAAUUUAUGACAUGUUCAAUUAUUAAAAUUCUAGAAGAUAAUAUGCUCUUAGUUGAGCUUUUCGAUUCUCUUGGUGGUCCUGGGAUGACUCCUACUAGUAUUAAUGAUCAGCUAGUGAAAGAGGGCCUAGCAUCUUAUGAAGCAGGAUACACCCUCAGAGAUAAUUCUGAAAAGCAUACUGAAGUAUGGGAUCCAUCUCCAGAAGAAAUUAUUUCAAAUGAAGUAAACAACAUAAAUCUUGUGUCUGCAAAAUCUCUACCUAAUGAGAAUUUCCAAUCACUUUAUAAUAAGGAACUUCCUGUGCAUAUAUGUAAUGUAAUAUCUCCUGAGAAGAUUUAUGUUCAGUGGUUAUUAACAGAAAACUUACUUAAUAGUUUAGAGGAAAAGAUGACAGCUGCUUAUGAAAACUCGACAUGGGAACCUAUUAAAUGGGAAAAUGAUAUGCACUGUGCUGUUAAGAUCCCAGGUGAAAAUCAGUGGCAAAGAGGCCAGAUCAUCAGAAUGGUCACAGAUACAUUAGUAGAGGUCUUACUAUAUGACGUGGGUCUUGAAGUAGUAGUGAAUACUAACUGUUUAAGAGAUCUUCAAGAAAAUCUGAAGACAAUGGGAAGAUUAUCUUUGGAAUGCUCCCUUGUUGAUAUAAGACCAACUGGUGGAAGUGACAAGUGGACAGCAACAGCUUGUGAAUGCCUCUCACUAUACCUAACUGGAGCUGUAGCAACUAUAAUCUUACAGGAAAAUGAUACAAUGUGGCCAUUACCUGUGAAAAUUUUCUGCAGAGAUGAAAAAGGAGAACGCGUUGAUGUUUCUAAAUAUUUGAUUAAAAGGGGUUUGGCUUUGAGAGAAAAGAGAAUUAAUAAAUUAGAUAACAGUAAUUCAUUAUCUGAGAAGUGUCUGGAAAACUCCCUGAAACAAGAAGACUCAGUAGUUACUAAGUGUAUUACAAGUAACUUUGACCCCAACAAAAAACCUGCUGGCAUAAUCAGUGAAGACAAGGUAUCUGAAUUUAAGGAGAAAAUUCUAGAACCAAGAACCACUGGGUGCUAUAAACCACCAGCUAUUCCUAACACGAAAGUAUUUGAGGCAAUAGUCAGCUGCAUUGGUGACGAUGGAACUAUAUUUGUAGUACCUAAAUUAUCAGAACUUGAGCUAAUUAAAAUGAUGAAUGAAAUUCAAAGUAAUUUAAAAUGUCUGGGUCUUCUGGAGCCUUAUUUCUGGAAAAAGGGAGAAGCCUGUGCAGUAAGAGGAUCUGAUACCUUGUGGUAUCGAGGGAAGGUGAUGGAAGUUGUAGGUGGCACUAUCAGGGUACAAUAUUUAGAUCAUGGAUUCACUGAGAAGAUUCCACAGUGUCACCUUUACCCUAUUUUGCUAUAUCCUGACAUACCCCAGUUUUGUAUUCCUUGUCAGCUCCAUAAUGCCAUACCUGUUGGGAAAGUCUGGCAACAGGAUGCAGUAGAACUGCUUCAGGAACUGCUUUCAAAGAGAGAGGUGGAAAUUCACAUUAUGGAAUUACCUGAAAAUCCAUGGGGAAAAUUAUGUAUUCAGCUCUAUUUUAAUGGAAUGUCACUUUCUUACUUUAUGGCAUACCAUAAAUAUUGUACUUUUGAACAUUCUGAGGAGAUAUUGAGAGAAAAUCCAACAGAUUGCAUUAAGGAAUAUGAGGAGGAAAGAUGGGAAAUAAGGUUUGAGGAAUUGCUUUCAUCUGAAACAGAAACUCCGAUUUUACCACCGUACUUGUCUUCAUCUCUGCCUCCCCCAGAAGAACUCUUUGCUGUUCAAGUUAAACAUGUUGUCUCACCUAAUGAAGUAUAUAUUUGCCUUGAUUCUACAGAAAAUUGUAAUCAGUUUAACCAACAUAGUGACACAGAUGACAGUGGAGUGAGCUGGGAGUCAGAGUUUGAAAGCCUUGAAGAAGCUCUGCGGAGGCUUAAUACAAAUGUGGAGACAUUUCCUCCUCUGACAGAUUUUAGGACAGAAAUGCCUUGCCUUGCAGAAUAUGAUGAUGGUUUAUGGUAUAGAGCAAAGAUUGUUUCCGUAAGAGAAUUUAAUCCUUUAUGUGUCCUGGUACAGUUUGUUGAUUAUGGAUCAACUGAAAAGCUAACCAUAAACAGACUGCGUCAAAUUCCCCUUCAUCUUAUGCAGUAUCCAGCCCGAGCUAUAAAAGUUCUCUUGGCAGGAUUUAAACCUCCUUUAAGUGAUUCAGGAAAGACGAGAAUACCAUAUUGUCCCAAGUGGAGCAUGGAGGCAUUAUGGGCUAUGAUAGACUGUCUUCAAGGAAAACAACUUUAUGCUUCUUCCAUGGCUCAGGUGCCAGAACAAGUGGUGACAUUAUAUGAAGAUGAACAGUAUCCAGUUCAUAUGUCAUUAGUAGAAAUGGGGCUUGCAGAUAGAGAUGAAUGAUGUACACAGUGCAGAAUAUCUACAGUAGCCCAGAAGAAAGUUUUGUUAAUGUUUAGACCGUUCCAGGCUGUUUUUCUGAUUUGUUCUGCAAUUUGCUUUACCCUCCUUUAUUCAUACAUGUUGAACUGUUUAGA